AGCCUCUGCAUUUCUUUACCUGUAAUUUAUUGCUGUGGUUCACAAUACCUUGUCAGAAAAACCUGUACUAAUUUUUCCCAUGUCUGGACUACAUGUUCCUGCCAGAAAAAUAUUUCAGCUCAGGCCUGGUUGCAAAAGCACACAGAAAGGGGAAAACCAGCAGCACACUGUCCCUCACCUUAUUGUCACCAGAUGUCCUCUGCAGAUGCAUCAGAUGUCCUGCUCAGCCACUUAACAGAAGGCUUCUGGGGGUUACCGUGGUCUGGUUUUCAAGGUGGUGAGAUGCUUACACCCUGAAGUGUUCAAGCUCCAGAGCACCCAUCACUCCUACUGUCUUCUCCAGGAACCACAUGUACUUCACACCUUGAAAAGACUGCAGGAUGUGGCUGUGCAGGCUGGGGCAAGCCCUUCGGUCUCCACUGACCCGCAAAGAUAAGGGAAGGGAGCAGAUGGCCUUUGCUUAUCACUCCCACAACUCCUCAAGGGGUGAAGGCUGCCAUGUGUGAGUGAGGAGAGCCAGGGCCUCUCCGGCCUCCCCCCUCCCCAGCAGCUGUCACCUGUCCCAGCCUGUCCUGCUCUCACGCGCAUAUAUGGGCACGGCAGGACGGCAGCUCGUGACGCAGCACUGCUAAAAACAGCCCCGGCUCUGCUUGGCCCCUCGCUCAAACAAUGUCCUCCAGCCUGAGCAGCACAGAGAACCUCUGAUCACAGACAGCCUUGGACUUAUUUCAGGGGAAAUUAACCCCAAAACCUCUCCACAAGGCCGUGGCCCUGAGCGCAUGCCCCAGGAAAAGCUAGGGAUGAGCACCUCCCUGAGCUACAAGUCGUUCUCCAAAGAGCAGCAAACUAUGGAUAACCUGGAGAAACAGCUGAUCUGCCCCAUCUGUUUGGAGAUGUUCACCAAGCCAGUGGUCAUCCUGCCCUGCCAGCACAACCUCUGUCGGAAGUGUGCCAGUGACAUCUUCCAGGCCUCCAACCCCUACCUGCCGACCAGGGGAGGCACGACUGUGGCAUCGGGGGGCCGCUUCCGCUGUCCCUCCUGCAGGCAUGAGGUGGUCCUGGACCGACACGGCGUCUACGGGCUGCAGAGGAACCUGCUGGUGGAGAACAUCAUCGACAUCUACAAGCAGGAGUCCACAAGACCUGAAAGGAAGUGUGACCAGCCAAUGUGCGAAGAGCACGAAGAUGAGAAGAUUAAUAUUUAUUGUUUGAACUGUGAAAUGCCCACCUGCUCCUUGUGCAAAAUCUUUGGUGCCCACAAAGACUGUCAGGUUGCUCCUCUCACAAAUGUUUACCAGCAACAAAAGUCUGAGCUGAGUGAUGGCAUUGCAGUCCUGGUGGGGAGCAAUGACAGAAUGCAAGGGAUUGUCACACAGCUGGAGGAGACCUGCAAGUCGGUUGAGGAAUGCUGCAAACGACAGAAAGAACAGUUGUGUGAAAAAUUUGAUUAUCUCUAUUCUGUACUGGAAGAAAGAAAAAAUGAGAUGACACAAAUAAUCACUAGAACCCAAGAGGAGAAACUGGAACACGUCCGCUCCCUGAUGAAGAAGUAUGCGGAUCACUUGGAAGCUGUGUCAAAACUGGUUGAAUCAGGAAUCCAGUUCAUGGAAGAACCAGAAAUGGCAGUGUUUUUGCAGAAUGCCAAAACAUUGCUACAAAAAAUUACUGAAGCUUCGAAAGGAUUUCAAAUGGAAAAAAUAGAGGAUGGGUAUGAGAAUAUGAACCAAUUCACAGUGAACCUCAGUAGAGAAGAAAAAAUAAUAAGAGAAAUUGAUUUUGACAGAGAGGAGGAGGGAGAAGAAGAAGAAGAGGAAGAGACAGAGGAUGGCGAAGGCUUGGGUGAAGUCCACACAGAGUCAUCAGGAGAGGAGGGAGAGGAGGAAGAGGUGGAAGAGGAAGGGUCAGAGGGAGCACCACAGCCACCUCAGCAGAACCCUGAAGCACAGAGUGCAGCGGGAGAGCCCCUGGCUGAACCCACUCCAGCACCAGUGCAGGCUGCCCCAGCUGGUCAGGAUGUUGUUGUGACACCAAGUGGUUCCCAACAGACUCCUGAGUCUGACACUCAAGUGCCGGCCACAGCAGAAACCACGGAUCCCUUGUUUUACCCUAGCUGGUAUAAAUCCCAGUCACGGCAACCAAGCAGUCCAAGCUCAACCCCGGUGAGUGGGCUGGGGAAAGUAGGGACUCCUGUUUCUCUGGAAACAAGUGCAAAGAAGGCAGAAGCCCCGACAGCAGCAACAAUCGAGGAGAGUGCACCAGGGAGUGGUAAGGAAAGUAAUGCCACUGCAGCGACGUCCAAGACUGGUUCUGAGCCAUACCCUCAAGGACGAGUGGAGGAAGCUCCCGUGAGCAGUGAGAGGGGUGACGAGCCGGCUCGUCAUGUCUUCUCCUUCUCGUGGCUGAACUCACUGAAUGAGUGAUGACUCACUCUGGCUGGCUUCUGGUGUGCUUCUCCUCAGAAAGACCGUGAGCGCAGGCAGCCUGGCUGCAGUCAGCAAAGAAACUGGCCUGGGAAGGGGCAUCUGAGCAGGUUUCAUUCCUAGGAACUCAGCUGACCUCCACACCAUACCCUUGAACUGACAGACCUGAGAGGGAGGGGAGCAUGGGGACAGAUUACUGUAUGUAUUGUAGUCAGAGUGUUCUCCAAUAUUUUCUUGCUUCCAAGGGGGAAGAAGCAUCACUACAGCUUUAGGCUGAGCACUGCUAGUGUUUUGUAACUCACUUGUUGGCACGUCCCCAUGUAGGUGUAAACACUUCACCAAUGUUCUUAGCUAAAAUGCUGGUAUGAUAUUCUCUAGUAGCAUCCUUUGCCAAAACAGUGUUUCUCCUUGGUAUCCUCCUGUGUCCCCGCUUGUCAGUGCUGGUGACUUCAGUGACACUAUCGUGUCCUUGGCAGCCCCAAGUCAGGGUUGUGUCUAACAGUACUGGUGCCUCCCAGGCUGCGGAGGCUGAACACGGGAUGGAAGAAGGAAGCUGCCAUUUCUUCCUUUGCACUUGCUCUUCCUACUAAACCACAACAGAUGACGCUUGCAGAAACACAUUAUUUGUAAGGAAGAUUCGCAGUGGCAGGAGUGAGGAAGAGACACUUAUCAAGAGCACUGGCCAGGACCUCCACACAGCUCUGAGUAUAUGGGGCAGUUGCUGAAGUGCUGCCCAGUCUGUCCAGCUGUAACCUGUGUCCCUGUCUUCUCAGCCAUCGGGGUGUGUACAAAAGGGGACAUGUCCUUACGUGAAACCAGGGUGCAUACGGUGGUCACAGGUACUCACUCAAGGUUUAAUUUGAAGCCCCUGUGCUAUGCUGUAGAAAAGGCAGAUGCUGACUGUCCUGUUCCGUGUGCAUUGCAGAUGCUGAGCCAUCAAAUGAAAUCAAAUUCGUGUCUUAAAAGAGGCUCUACAACUUGUACUGAAGGCAACACUCUGUGGUUUUUGUCACUGGGAGCAGAGUGUCAACACUCAGCAGUGUUUAAGAGAUUGGCAGGCUGCCGGGAGUGCUUGGUGCCCUAGGGGACCAGGUGUCAAGCCCUGCACUAGGGUUACAUGUGGAUCUUUCCCAAAUCCCCGAGCCAGGCCCUCACUGCGCUGUUUUGGCAGGGGUCUGUGUGGGGCCGUAAGGCUGCGCUGUGCCCCAGCAGGACUGGUGAGCUGGCAGUGCAGACUGGUCAGCAGGCUGUGUGGGGUCAGCCCCUGUCCCGGACACCCGUUGCUACCGGCCCUCGUUGGUAUCUGUUUUCUCUGGAGAACGUUCCCUGGAAGACACUCCUGCGAGAGUUUUGGAGGCUGAACAGGCGAGCUCCGCUCAAAGCUUUGGAACUCGCACAGCCCAGAACGAGCGCCGCCCAGCCCCGCCACCGCAUCGCCUCCGGCUGCUGGAGCAGCUUUUCCCUGGGAUUUGGUUCGGGGUGAGGGAUUUACUAUUUUCUCCCAGUCGUCCUGGAGAUUUCCCCCAGCUCCUCCCGGGAAGUUUCUCCACACCCAUUGCAGCCUCCCUAGAAGUCCCUGGGAAGGACCCCGCUUGGGCACGGCCUUCGGGAACGGGGGAAGCCGAAGCAGGGAGGAACCUGCCCCUUUGGGGUGCGGGGAGGAUGCGAAAACGCAAAAGAGAUGCGGGAGCGCCUCACCGCUUUCCCACCGCUGCUCGCCGGCGGGAGGAGGCGGCUCCGAUCCCGGCCACAGCGGCAGGAGCCAGGGAGCUCCCUCGGGGGGCUGCAGAGGUGGGAUUCGGCAGCUCUGGGGGCACCGAUCUGCCCUCGACACCCCGUUCCCGGGAGCAGCCUGCGCCGAGGGUGGCGGCGGGGACAGCCCCCGUCCGGGGCCGGCGGCGUCGGGGCGCGCCUGCGGGAGAGCCCGCGGAGACGGGGCUCCCCGGGCCGGGGGGAGGAAACAUCCCCGGGGGACAUCCAGGGCUGUCCACGGCUCUGGGUGUCCACGGCCAUGGGUGCCCCCCCGCCCCGGUAAGCGCUGAGGGAGGCGGAGCAGCCCUCAGGCGUCUAGGCAAGAAAGUCUAUCAAGGCAUCUUUACUUUGCAGCUUUUAUUAAAAAUAUAAAUAUUAAACAUUCUCUUACACAACCAAAUCGACCGAGCGCUGAAAAGAUGUUUUAUUGUGAAAAUGUUUACAGGAAAAAAAAGUGGAUUGAAAGUAGCUUACAGAGAUUCCCCCUCCCACCUCCCUGCCCCCAACAGAAAAGUUUUCUGUCUUCUUGGCACCAUUUCUUCCAAUGCUCACACAUCCCUACGUAGCGAUGGCACUAGAAUAACUGGGAAAUGGAGAAAUAAAUAAAGGUAAGGGAGGUUACAAACGACACUCGUGUUUCUGCACUUGGUACACGGUUGUGCAUGCUAGUCAAGGGACAGAGGCUGUUCGGAGUACGCCCUUCUAGGUUUAAAGCUAUAUAAAAAUAAAGAGAUGACAUCAGAGCAGCACUAUGGUA